AUGCUUCUGCGGGAGAAAGGCGUGCGCACCGUGGAUAACGACAGAGGUGGAAAAACACCGACAGACAACAAUCUCGACUGGGGCGUCUUCGUCCAAAGCGGCGCCGAUGACGAAACUCAGUCGACACCGACGCCAACGCCAACAAGAAGCACAACAGAAGUGCGGCAAGCUGGGCGGCCUGUGCUGUGA